AAACCCUAACCCUAAUUAAUUUUUCUCCUACCCUCACCUCCCGCCGUGCCCGACGGCGCCCCUAAUCUCUCCCCACCGGCGACGGCCCUCCCCCACCGGCGGCGCCCCUUCCCCUCCCUCUCCCCCACUGUCGGCUCCUUCCCACUUCGUCAGGGUGCCGGCGUCGCCCCGCUCCUCGCUAGAUCUGGCGAGUCGGCGGCUCCCCGGCGGCGCGGUGACUCGGGAUUGGCUCCUCCCCCUCCCUCCCGGCAUCUCCCUAGCGCAACGGCGGCGCGGCUACGGAAGAAACUGGAGGAGGUCAAGAUGGAUAUGUAAAAAGGGAUUUGUCAAUUGCUUUAGGCUGCAAUGCUAAUUUUGUUGGGGUGGAUUGGAGUUCUUCCAUGGAUCCCUUUGUCGAUUUUAUUUGGGUGAAUCUUUGGUUAUUGUGUUUGCCUUAUGGUGUUGUGCAUCCGAUUUGGUUGUGUCGAACUAUAAAAGUCUGGUUUUGGAAAGUGUUUCCAUGAGAUUAGAUUAUUGUUAGGAUUAUUGCUCGGUGUAGUUCUAAUACUAAUAAUGAUAGUUCGAUUGGUUUGUUAAUCGAUCUUUGAUUUUGUAUCGAACUCUUUUUUUCUUUUCUUUUCUUUUUUUUUUUUGGCUUUGGCCGUCGUACGGAUGUAAUUGCACGUGUGUAUGGAGGGUGCCGCUUUUCAGAUUAACGGACGAAAAGUUACUGUGAACGAAAGGAAAAAAUACGAAUAUUUUAAUUAGUUAUUAUUAAGAUAUCCGAAAAUAUUCUGAAAUAUCCUAAAAGUUUAGUUUUCGUAUUUAUUUAAUAAUUUUAAACCCCUAUUCACCCCUAGGCGACGUCAAGAAACUUUUAGAUACUACACAUCCUAGUACAAUGGAGAGAGUAGUAUCAUGAUGUACAACCUAGUCAUUUGUGUUGGUAAAAUUGUAGGAUAUAUAGAUGUGCCUUGUAAUUAUGCACUGUUAUAAUUUCUCCCGGCAAUAGAUUGAUUUUUGCUGAUUUCAACUUUAGGGUUCAGCUGCAUUAUAGAUUGAUUUUUGCUGAUUUCAACUUUAGGGUUCAGCUGCAUUGUUGCAAUAACCAGGGUCCAAAUUAUCGACGUGUGUAGCGAUAACUGUUCUCAAUUUGGGGAAAGUAAUUAGGGCUAAUUAACUGAAUCCCACGAUGAACGCGAGGCGCCGGAACGAGGAGACCCGCCGCCGCCGCCGCCGCCUGGCCAUGGCGAGAUCGACGACGACGCUGGACGACAUCCCCGACACCCUCCUGAAGCACGUCCUCGUCGGCCUCUCCUCGCCGGUCUGCAUCGUCCGCGCCGCCGCGACGUGCAGGCGGUGGCGCCGCAUCAUCGCCCGUAGCGACUACACGCGCGCCCUGCGCUUCCCGCCGCUCCUCGACGCCGGCCACUACCAGGCCGUCGACCUGCGCUACGCGGCGGCGCCGCGGCCGUGUGGCGGCAAGAUCGUGUACGUCCCCUCCGCCUCCGUCGACGCCCGCCGCCUCGCGCUCGACUUCCUCCCCGGCGGCGGCUCGGCCUCGCGGUCCUCCUGGAAGUGGGAGCUCGUCGACAGCGAAGGCGGCCUCCUCCUCCUCGCCAAGACGAGGCGCCGCCGCUUCCCCGAGCUCAUCGUCUGCGACCCGCUGGCGCGCCGCCACGUGGUGAUCCCUCCCAUCCCGGACAAGAAGUACAGCCAUUGCCUCGCCGUGUUCUUCUGGAACUGGAACGGCGGCCCGAACCUGUCGGACUUCACCCUCCGGUGCGUCCUCCACGAGGGCAUCGACGGCGCCGCCGGGGGCGUCACCACCGCCAGGGUCUACGACUUCAAGCGCCACUACUGGAGCCAUCACCGCAAGUACUUGGACCGCUGGUUCGCCCGGGGGGGCGCCAUCGACGACGGCGACGGCGUCCAUCUCCGCGGCGCCACGCUGCACCUCACCGGCCGCGCCGCCUGCUGGAUCUUCUUCGGGAACGACGCCGACGCCGACGCCGUGCUCGCCUUGGACAUGCGCUACCCUUCCGCCUGCAAGUUCAUGCUCGCCCGCGUCCCGGGCAGCCUCCGCGGCGGCUCGUGCGGCGACAGAUCGGGCUUCCGCUUCAUCGACGGCGACAAUCCCGACGACGUGCGCCUCGUCAGCGUGGUCGGCGGCGACCUGAAGGUCUUCCUGCGGCGCGACGGGAGCGGCGACGCGUGGGAGCCGGAGAAGAACCUGUCCUUGCGCGACGCCACCAGCGGUAUGCCGGGGCGCAAGGAGAGUUACUUCGGCGGCGCGGGGGCGGCGGCGAAGAUCGUCUCCGCAGGCGCAGGGUACGUCGUGCUCACCCCGGCGGAGGAGACAUGGCUGUUCUCCGUGGAGCUCGCGACUAUGGAGGUGGAACGCAAGCACAGCAGGAACAGGUACGCCGGCGAGUUUUUCCCGUACCAUCCGCCAUGGCCGCCGACCUUGAGUGCUCACGUAUCCUACUGCAAGAGAAAUCGGAAAGGUCUGUGCUUUCAGAUUUGCGUUUGUUAGAUGGAGAUGCGUGGAUUCUAAACACUCGGUGAACGUCUAUCCAUUUAUUGCAUGUAAUUUUCAAAACCUGAAGAAUUAUGAAACUGGAAGAUUAUAUUUUACUAGUUAGGGACUUAGGGUGCACGUGGAAUCCACGUCGCUAAUAUACGUUCGCUAUAGGUUUUCACUAAACUUGUAAAGA